AGCAAAACCGACACAGCCCCCCAAAACCGAGGAACUCAAACUCAACACCACCACCCACCAGCAAAAUUUUUGGUUUGCUGUCUCAAGUGGGUGUUUUUCACUUCUUGAUCUUCUUCUUCUUGCCCUCCCUCUCUUCCUUCCUGCGCAGCCGGUCCUCCCUGGCCUGGUCAAACACCAACCCCCCUCCUCUGUCGCCGCCGCGCUUGGGCGCGCUCGUCCGCGGCGACGAGGCCGGCUUGUCGGCGCCGGCGAGGCGCAUGCGCCUCAGCUCGUCGGGCAGCUCCGUGUAGCGCAUGCAGCGGGCGUACGUGUCGGCGUCGAUGAUGGCGUGCUCGCGCAGGUGGCGGACGAGGUAGAAGUCGGGCCGCAUGUGCGCGUAGGCGCAGCCGUCGCGCGCCUGGUGCGCCGCCACGUGCCGCAGGCGCUCCUCGAAGCGCGCCUGGCGUUUUUUACUGUUACUGCUGCUGCUAGAAGAGGAGUCGCCGCCCGUGUCAAAGACGACGUCGUUGCAGAACCAGCAGAGGCUCUUGGCCGGGAACCGCCCGCCCAGGUGCGACGCCACGUGCGCCACCCAGCCGUCGACUUCGCGCGCCCCAAAUGUCCACGCGCACCCGAGCAGGUCGCGGAACUCGCACGCCAGGUAGUUGUGGUCGUCGUCCGAGGCCGUCUCGGCCGAGGUCGUGUACAUCGUGUCGAACGUGUACACGGAGCUGCUCCGCCCGCCGCCGCCCGAGAAUACCGCCGCCGCCAUUGUCGAGGCGUCGUCGUCGCCGACGAUCGUUGCCGAAACGCUGCUGUUUCUGCUGCUGCUACCGCCGGCCGGCCGGCUGCCGUAUCGCGGAUCUGCAAAAGGGGGCUGCGAUGAGGGUCUGCGAUAUUUCUCGCGCUCGCUCACCCUCCCUUGGCGUCGUCGUGCUGCUGCUGUACUGGCGGCUUACCAGUCAUUGGGGACAAUCCCCUCAGUGAACUGGGGAAAGAAGACGGCAGGGAGGGGGACGGGAGCGAGAAAGUGGUCGGGCUCCUGCUUUCUUCUGCUCUGCGGCCACCCUCUUUGCACAUCUCUCUCUCUCUCUCACUCUCCCCCCUCGCGAGUGCUGGCUAGCUGCUCGCUCGCUCGCUCGCCCGUUCUCGUUGGGCGCGGAAAGUGGGGUGCGGCCGGCCUGCAGGUUCGGUUGUCCAAGUGGCAGUCUGCAACUCGUCGGGGUGGUAUAUUGGCGCUUGCGGAGGAUGGGUUUCACUGCACGAGCACAGCGACGCGAAAAAACAGCACAGUGAAGACCCGUUUCCGGCUCACGUCUCACGCAAUAUUACAUCCUGGGGGGAGGGUGGCUCGAGUGGGCAUCUGCCGACAUCUAUAUACAUCUGUCAGGUCUGUCUCUCUCGCGUUCGCGCCGUCUGUCCGGGUUGCUCUCUACGUGGCCCUGUCCACAAUUCCCGAUCUUCCGUCCUUUUUCGUUUUACGCGAAACCCACCCGGCGCAGAUGCGCGGGCGGCGAUUGCGCGUGGGGGGAGUGGACGAGGGAGAAGCGGUGGCAGCCCAAAAGCACCAAAAGGUAGACACCUCGCCGAGCUGGAAUUGGAGAUUGAUGACUGCAGCAAAAAAAAAAAAAAAAAGCCACACCACGCACCCCACGCAGACUGCAGCAGCAAUAUGCAUCAUGUCUAGAGGUGCGUCUCGGACGUAUACACAGCAUCAAGUGGUCUGCUCACCCAACCCGUUUUUUGGGUGUGCAUGUAAACACUGAGGGGGGCGCUGCGAAGAGCGGUCGAGUGUCUGACCCCCUGCCACCGCCUGCCUGCAUGGAGGGUGUGGAGGCGUGCAGGCUCGACGGGUACCACUCCCAGCCCAGCCCGGAGCAGCAGCAAUGCCUAAUCUUGGGCUUACAUUCGGGGUACUUUGGCGCUACAUAGCACUGGGGAUAUUUGCGAGUGCCACGGGUGCGACCUGGCCGUGCCUCUUUUCGACCUUGGCUAUUCGUUGCAUUUUGACAGUAUCAAGUUUUCCUCCAGCCCCCUUUGGCCACCUAUUAUCAGGCCAUGUGUGCAUACAGCUGCACUUGCCACAGAAGCCCUCAUCGAAUCGCCUGAGGGGAACUAAAUGUGGCGUUUGCAUUGUCCUGUCAUGUUGGAGUAGCGGCGCCUCCUUCUCAGCCCUCCUCUUGGCACAGGGUUUUGAUUCGCCUCCAUCUUAUCGAAUUCUGCUGCUGAAACCCAAGAAUCUCGCCCAGAGGGCGCUUCUCGGGCGUGAGGUCGCCCGGCUUGUAUGUUGCGACCAAAAAAGUAUAGCGCGACGUGGCCAGGCUGGACAUGGACAGGCUCAAAUCUCGGGGUCCCCCCAAGAUAUAAGUUUCUAGCGUUUCUUCGUAGUACAUGCGCGAGAAACAUCCCUUGGCAACCACAGAACGAAAAAUCCCUUGACGACUACAGAACGAACACCCCAAACAGACCUCUUCGAGAUGAUCACUUUCACCCCAAACUGCACCUUCCCAACAGCCUAUCUGGGCUUUGUACAGGCCCCACCGAUCCGCGGCACCAUGGAGAUCGUGUGGUCGUGCCUAUCCGUCAUCUUGCUCUGCACCUGGUCCAUCUUGCAUCUCAACGUCCCCCCACAGCACAGACCCCGGGGAUGGCGGCAGAAGAUGCGGUGGGAGCUCGCUCAGCUUCGGAAAAAGCUAAAAUGGAUGGUUAUAACCCUUGUGGCCCCUGAACUUUUGCUGGGGUUCGUUUUCGUCGCUUUCAUUUCCGUCCGCCAAUCUACCAAGAAACUGCAAGAGCUUGCCAACGAUGAUCGAGUCCCGUGGUCGAAGACGCAUUCGUGGUUCGCCAAUCAGGGAGGCUUUUUCAUCCAUUUCCCGCCACACCUAUGGGACCCUCCGGCAACGGAGUCGGCCACAAGAAGCUUACAACUGGGUUCUGAUGAGUCUGCUAUCGAAUUGGGUUCGAUGGAAGAACAGGGCCUUGGGUUUCCGAACAGCAGACUUUUGCGCAAGAGGCAGAAAAAAUAUGACAGGCGCAGGGCGAGGGCUAUACGCAAAUAUGGAUCUUUGCCAGGGAAACUGUGCGACAACUUCCACAAGUACGUCCAAAAGGAGGCCAGACAUAUAGAGCAGGAGGGUGACGACGCCGCCGCAGAUGAUCAUCUACGUCACAUUAGCGACACCUGGGUAGUCAACUCCCAGCAACUGCUCUAUCUUCGAGGGGAGGGCAUUAUCAAGAGGCUUCCAAAACUCGAGGAAGAGGAACUGCAGGACCGAAACAAGAGCAACGCCAUCGUCAAACUCCUCGCAAUCACCCAGGUGUGCUGGCUGGCCACUCAACUGGUGACCCGCGCCGCGCGUGGGUUACCCGUCACAACUCUUGAAAUUUCUGCCGUCGCCUACGUUGCCAACUCGUUGGUGAUAUACCUUCUGCAGUGGGAUAGCAUCAAGGACUUGACAGUGCCCGUGCGUUUGGAAGCCAGUCGCCCGCCGAACAAGACACAAUUCGUCCGAAUCAUCGAAAAAAAAGGCAAAAAUAUCCUUCCACAUACGGUGGCCACCGACCCGGUAAUUGUGAACGGCACGGCUCACUUUUGGCAUACAGGGGACCCCGGGUGGUAUUUCUUUGGCGUUGUUGGGCUCGGGGGGCUCCUCUUUGGAGGGAUCCACCUCGCCGCCUGGGGCUUUGCCUUCCCGACCUUACUGGAGCGGAAGCUCUGGCAGGCCUCGGCACUGGUCACAGUCUCCACGCCCAUGUUUGACUUUCUGAUAAUGUGGCUGGAAAUUGGGUAUAUCGAGAGUACGUGGGCGGGCGGGACGAUAUCAGUGGGAAUCACUGUUGUAUCAAUCCUCGUCUACGCGGCUGCGCGGCUUUUCACCCUGGUUGAGAGCUUCAGGUCUCUCUACUUCCUGCCACCCACUGCCUAUCAAACGACAUGGACCAAGAAUGCGCCUCACUUUGGAUAGGACUUAUGAAUAUGUAUGGCUGGCGAGCUGGUUUGGGUCGAGAUUCCAUAUUCGAACGUUGUAUCUAUACCGAUUAAAUUCUUAGGUGGGGGAUGGGAGGAGAUCUUUACGACCUUUACCGAGGUGACUAUGGAGGCGGGAUUCUGGCCUUGGGCUGCCAUAUGGGGAUCAGAUGUGGCGUGGAACAAGGGUCCGAGUGUGGUGCAGAGAGUGAACGUCUCAGAACGCAACACAGGAAAAGUACCAGCAGACAGGUAUACAUACAGGUAUUUAUACAGGAUGGGUGGGUGACCUGUUUCUCCGGUCCUAGUGCCAGCCAAGCCUGUCCCCAAAGCGGCCGCUUUGCCUCCCGGGCUGCCAAGAAAACACAUCCCUCGCCUCCUUGACCACCCCUCCUGUCGAGAAUAGAGUGAGAGAAAGAGUAAGGAUGUAAACCAAAGAGACAAAUCAUAGCGACAACGCCAAAGCUGUCGAGCAC